AAGUGUUCAACAACAAUAUAUGCCAUAGUCAUGUCUAUGUGCUCCUGGAAGGCUAGGUUUUGGAUUCUGGGCAUUCUACCAGUCUUUGCAUUGAUGACUGAUGUGAACAGUGUCCAUUCGUACAAGGUCAAGGCUGGGAGCCAGCCGCUUAUACACGCCAGAGAAAAUGUAGACCACAUUAAAGCUGCUAGUAAGACAGUGCUGCCCGGGGAUGAAAUUAAUCAGGCCCAGGUUUCUUCAGCCAUCAACCACAACGAGUUUAUCUGUGGGGUGUGCAACUGCUCUAAGGAAAACCCAGCUUCACAGGACCACCUCAUCGCUAACUGUGAAAACAAAAGCUUGCAUGCAAUUCCUGCAGAACUUCCAGUUGAUUUGUGGUCUCUGCGUUUAUCGUACAAUAAAAUUAAUUCACUGUCCACGUCUGACAUUCUAUAUUAUCAGAAAAUGGAGCAUGUUGUUAUGUCUUACUGUGAAAUUAAUAAAGUAACUAGUAACACACCCGUACACAAUGUGACAUCAUCAUUGCUACUCGUUGAUCUGUCCGUAAACAAUAUUCAAUCCAUUAAAGAUGGCUGCUUCAAGUUAUUGCCAAAACUCAGAACACUUUUACUGAACAAAAACAAAUUGGAUAGGAUCACCAACAACACACUUCAGGGUCUUACAGAACUAACGCGCUUAGAUGUGUCGACCAACAAUAUUAAAUACAUCGAGUACGGCGCAUUCCAACACACAACACAUCUGACAUUCUUAAACCUAAGCCACAACAUUGUGUACGGUUACACCUGGAAGGUUUUACCACCAGAUUUGUUCGAGCCUUUAAGAGAGUUGAAAGUAAUCGAUCUUCAGUACAUAGCCCGUGGCGAGCUCAAUUAUCCGAACAAGGCUUUGGGAAUGUUGACUAACCUGGAGCAGCUCUACAUUGACGGUCUGGGAAAUGACGUGGAGUUUGGACCCCAGUUACAAACAUUACCUUAUUCAAAGUUAAAUCUCACGUUGUUGUCUCUUAUGUUUUUGGAUAACUACGAUCUGUACACAGCUUUUGAUGACUUACAAGGGCUUCAGUAUUCGUCACUUAAAUCUCUCAACUUCAUCCAUUUGUAUCAAUACACUUAUCCAUGUCGUUAUCUCAACGCGGCACAAGCCAAAUAUAUAAGAAACAUCGCACUCGAUGAACUUGACCUGUCAUUUAAUAGACUUGCUCUGUUAGGCGAAGAUUUUCUGCAACUUCUGCCGACCUCGCUGAAGAAGCUUGUGUUGAGACAAAACCAGCUUACAUUAAAAGGUUUCAAUUUAAACAACAUUGUCAACUUGCAUAAUUUGAUAAACCUUGAUCUCUCUGAGCAAAACACGUUGGCUGUUUUACACUCAACAAGUUAUUCGGAAGAACGCACCCAGAGCUUUGAAAUAGAAAAACCAAAAUUCAAUGCAAGUUCUUCUACUAGUCCCGCAGUUAGUGAUGUUGAAAUAUGUGCUAAACCUUUAAUGCCAACAAGCUUCAGUUUGACCUCAACAUACGACGUGAAUGUCCCCCUACUCAAAAUUCCAUCAAGCCUUCAAGUUCUUAAUGCCUCCCAGUACAGCAGUUUUGGAACCGUUAUAUUAAUUCGCCAUCUGAAAAAUAGCCUGAGGGAAAUUGAUCUUUCUGAUAGUCUCCUAACAACCUGGGGACAUGGUUUUCUACCUGCAACUAUUCAAAUAGUUAAAUUAAGCAAAAAUUUCUGCAAGCACAUAAAACCUCAAUUUUUCCCCAAAAAUAAUUCAGUAAGAUUCCUUGACCUAUCAGACAACUCUUUGGGUUCAGAUUUUGCAGCAGACGUCAACGGCACCCUUUUUUCGACCCUGACAAACGCCGUUGAAUUGGACAUUUCUCGUAACCUGAUUUACAAACUCUCUCGACAAUUCUUUCGUGGCCUGAAGCAUCUCGUCUCUCUGAGACUCUCAGAAAACAAACUCCAGACACUCAACUCGUCAUUUGCCCACAUGAAACAUCUCCGCCUUCUUGACCUCAGUAAAAACUCCAUUGUUUGGAUUGACAAGAGAGUUCGUGAUGAACUAGAUGGAAUUGGCGAGAAGCUUUCGAUAGACUUGACCUCUAACCCCUUGUCCUGCACGUGCUCUUCCUUGGAGCAGAUAGUUUGGAUGAUGAAGACGAAGAUAACAUUGUUAAACGAAGACUACCUUUAUUGCACAUUCGACGACGGCGUUGACAGACCGAUAGGAAACCUCCAGAAGCGAGUUCAGUCCCUCCAGAGAAUGUGCGCCUCAAAAGCUUUAGUCAUUGUGGUUUGUGUUGCUCUAAUCUGCUUGCUUGGCACCGUGGCGGGAUUUGUCGUCAUCUACCGCAACAGAUGGAAGCUCCGUUACAUCAGGAACAUCGCUGUGGCUAAACUGGUUGGGUUUGAACCAAACGGCGCUAACGAGGAAGGCUUUCGUUUCGAUGCUUAUAUUUUGUACACAGAAACCACACGUAACUUUGUGGUCAAUGAUUGCCUUAGAGAGCUAGAACAGAAAAGGGGACAUAAGCUCUGUAUCGCAGACCGCAAUUUUCUGCCUGGAACCCUCAUCAUCUCCGAUAUCGUCAGCGCCGUUCAAAACAGUUCAAAAACCGUGCCGGUCUCCGAGCCAGGCUUCUACGCGGAUGACGAAUAUUCGGAAUACUCGGUCAAGAUGGCGAUCAUGGAGGAGGUGUUCAAAACGAGGCAGGUUCUGCACGUGCUAGUACUUGAACCAACACCAGCAGAGGAUAUGCCUGUAGAUUUACUUGUAGCCAUGAAAAGAAAUAGCUACACGGAGUUUCCCCCAGCGGAUGAAAGAAACGAAGAAAUACUGGAGCAUUUCUGGGACCAGCUUUCACUGGCGAUAGGCCACACGGCAAACAACUAG